AUGAUAGAGUUAAAGUGCCAAGGCCAACUGGUCAACAACGGGAAAUGCAAUGAUUGUGGAGAAGGAGAGGGGUUGAUCCGGUGUUUGUCUUGCUCAGGAACACCUCAUCAACACAACCCCUUCCACAACCUUCAACUCUGGAAUGGCAGGUUCUACGAGACUACUACCCUGCAGGCUCAAGGUUAUAUAAUGUAUCUUGGCCAUGGGGGGGAACCUUGCCCCAAUCUCUCACAUCAGCCGGACCCAUCUCCCUGGGAAGAUCUCGGGUCCAUGGAAGAUGUAUUUGCACAGGAGGAGGGGGAUACGAUUAAUGACACGCAGUUAGGAGUAUCUAACCUGGUCAUUGUGCACUCUACUGGUGUUUACUCACACAGUGUAUCAUGGUGCCAGUGUCCUGGAGCUGAGAAGGCACAUCAUCUCGAUCUCAUGAAAGCAAUGUUAUUUCCUGCCAGUCUCACUUGCCCUCAAUCUGCUUUCACAUUCGAUGUCCUGGAUAACUUCCUCAUAGACGCUUUGGAGUGCAAGACUUCAGCCAUGAGUUUCUAUCAAAAGCUCCGUCGGUUCACAAACAAUGCAUUCCCUGAUAAAAUACCGGACCAAUACCGUGAGCUUAUGCGAGUGUCAUGGGAUUUAGCCCUUUAUUGCCCAGCAUGUCCACAACCUGGAAUCAACUUGCCAACGUCUUGGAGAUAUGACUAUGAAGAGUGGUUAGUUAUGCGAAGAUAUGUGGUCGAUGGAAAUUUCAUAGCACAACAUAUGAAAAUGAAAAUUCCGGAAGACAAUGUUUCUCUAGCAGAUGGAAAGGGUUACAUGGUAACAGAGGGACCUUAUCAAGCUCACAUCCACGAUUCUAAAUCCACUUGUAGCAAUCAUCGGGCAGUGAAUGCAACAAACAUCCAAAGAAGCAACCUUAGAGCUACAGGGGUUGGGGCAACAGCAUGUGCUAGGCAUGGAUGCUUUGUUCCUCAUGCAGUGGUGGACUUCCAAAAGGGAGAGCGAACGCUCAUCAUCUAUGAUGUUGCAUGUCAGUGGAGUAUUCACUUUGCUGAACGGGUGGACCAGAGCUAUCAUCUGUCCCUUCCCGAGGGGACCAAAAUAUUACCUGCAGUUGGCAAGUUUCAUUUGAGCGCACAUAAGCUUCAAUACUUUCCUAGGUUCAGCCUGAAUUUUAUGACCGGAGCCAGGCAUAUUGAUGGGGAAAUAUUGGAGACGCUCUGGGCUCCUUUCAACAAGAUUUCCCCUACUGCAAGAUCCAUGUCUUUGGCUCACCGAAAGGAAGUAUUGGAUGACCAUAUGCGGGAUUCCAAUUGGAAGAAGCUGGUUGGCAUUGGCAAGUCCAAUUUAUUCUGGUUUCUGUUACUUCACCUGACAUAA